UUUACUGUCUUAGUUUUGCUGAUUGAAACAAAAUGUCCUUGCUUGGCAUUUUGCCUCUGAAUGGUACAUCCAGUCUGUUUCUUAUUUUGACUUGCAUCAUCAUCAUCUACAUUCUUAAUCUGAAUAAAACAAAUGAGAAUUUCCCACCGGGACCCUGGCCGCUUCCACUGGUGGGAAAUAUAUUUAGUCUCAACAUGAAAAGGCCAUAUCAGACACUGAUGGAGCUGAACGAAAAGUAUGGCUCAGUGUUCAGCAUUCAGAUGGGCCUCAGAAAAGUGGUGGUUUUGUGUGGUUAUGCGACAGUGAAGGAGGCCCUUAUCUCACAAGCUGACCAAUUUGCAGAGAGACCAAAUAUUCCAAUUUUUUGGCAAAUUACCAAAGGAAAUGGUAUGUCCCAGUUGCAUAUGUACACCAUAAUUUAUCUGGCACAUGAGUAUGCUUUUUCACCUAGUACAAUAAGAAUGAUAAUAAUUACAACAGGUAUUAUCUUUGGCCAUGGGGAUUCCUGGAAAACUAUCCGUAGAUUCACACUGACAGUGCUGCGUGAUCUUGGAAUGGGAAAGAAGAACAUUGAGGAAAAAAUCAUAGAGGAAUCUGAACACCUGGUGAAGCAGUUUGAAAAGCAAAAUGGCCAGCCAUUUCAAACAACAAUUCCACUGAAUGCAGCUACAUCUAAUAUUAUUGUCUCCCUGCUCAUGGGAAAAAGAAUGGAAUAUGAAGAUGAAAUUUUCCAGAGACUUUUGAUCUUGAACAAUGAGAGCUUUACACUCACAGGGAGCCCAUUCGUUCAGUUAUACAACAUGUACCCCGUGAUUCAUCCCUUGCCUGGUCCCCAUCACAAAGUUUUACAAUGCCAAGACAAUUUGAAAGCCUUCUUCAGAAAGAUUUUCAUUCAGCAAAGAGAACUCCUUGAUGAAAAUGACAAAAGAUGCUACAUUGACAUCUUUAUGAACAAGCAGGAGGAGGAGAAGAACAGCCCGUCCUCUCAUUUUCAUGAAUGGAACCUCCUGUGUACCGUCACCAAUCUGUUUGUUGCUGGAACAGAGACCUCCUCUAGCACCCUGUCUUGGGCUCUCCUGAUCAUGACAAAGUACCCUCAUGUCCAAAAGAAGGUCCAUGAGGAGAUUGACAAUGUCAUUGGAGGAUCAACGCCCAGGAUUCACCAUCGUCAGAUGAUGCCCUUUACGGACGCCGUGAUACAUGAGACCCAGAGGUUUGCCGACAUCAUUCCCAUGAACCUGCCCCAUGAGACCACCACUGACGUCACCCUGAAGGGCUAUUUUAUACCCAAGGGGACCUAUAUUAUCCCACUGCUGAGGUCAGUGCACCGUGACAAGAAUCACUGGAAAAAUCCAGACGAGUUUGACCCACAGAACUUCCUCAAUGAGGAGGGAAAGUUUGUUAAAAGAGAAGCUUUCAUGCCCUUUUCUGCAGGCCGCCGGGUGUGCGUGGGAGAGACGCUGGCCAGGAUGGAGCUGUUCCUCUUCUUCACCUUUCUGUUACAAAACUUCUCCUUCCACCCUGCUGCGGGGGUGAAGGAGGAGGACAUUGAGCUGUCUUCAACAGGAGGUCUGACUCUGGCCCCCCUGCCACUCCUGUUGCGCGCUCUGCCCCGCCACAACAAUGCCUAGGUGCCCGUCACCAGCGGUGAUAAUUGGUUCUUUUAAAACUUCCCAAAUGGCUGAAUGAAUUAACUUGCCAAUAUAAUUUUAGCUUGCCUUGCCUUGUUCAACCCUAGGCAGGCACACAAGCAUGGUCAAUAAAAGUGCUUGUUAAUGGUUUCAA